CUCCUAGCUCCUUAAAUUGCAGCACCUCAGAGUUUCACAACAUGCUAUCAACAGGGCUGGUAAAAUCUUGUAACUUCAGUGAAGAAGUGUCAAGGAACCUCACACACGAACAUCUCUUGUUUUUCUCCCAAAGGCAUCAAUAAUCAUCACAGCUCAAGUCACCAGAGACUAAUUGGAAGUUUCCUGCAUUAUUCCUAUCAAGGUACCUGUCCAGGAUCAUAGGUGGUUAUUACAUUUACAGAAGAAGAAAAUAAAUAUACGCGUACAUAAAAUUGGAUAUACAUGAUGGAGCACUGCUACUCCCUAAUCAUUAUGUCCCUAGUUGGUCUAUUUUUGAAAACUUGUGCAUCAACGGUUGUACCUGAUUCCAAACCAAAUGUGGUACUGAUAAUGGCAGAUGAUCUAGGAAUUGGUGACCUAGGAUGCUUUGGCAAUUUCACACUUAGGACUCCUAAUAUUGACCGUCUCUGCAAAGAAGGCAUAAAACUCACUCAGCAUAUUGCUGCGGAAGCACUAUGUACCCCCAGCAGAUCAGCUUUCCUUACAGGCAGAUACCCAGUCCGAACAGGGAUGGUUUCUAGAGAUCUCAACCGUGCCCAUUAUGUACUCAGCUCCCUUGGGGUCCGUGGAGGGCUCCCUCGGAAUGAAAUCACAUUUGCAGCCACCCUAAAGAAGCAUGGUUAUAGCACAGCACUGAUAGGUAAAUGGCAUCAAGGUUUAAAUUGUAAAUACCGAAAUGACCACUGCCAUCAUCCUAACCACUAUGGCUUUGACUAUUUCUAUGGCGAGCCACACACACUUGCAUCUCCUUGUAAGCGAAUGCCUACCCGUGACACAGAAUUAGCCAUAGAAAGUAGACUUUGGUUUUGCAUGGAGCUACUCAUCAUUGCUGUGCUUACACUGACUGUGGGGAAACUAACUCAUUUGGUCUCCAUACCCUGGUUGUUUAUUAUCAGCAUUAUUUUCUUUGGCUUCCUGGUGGCCUUUUUUUGGUUCUUCAGUUUUCAAAAUUCUGUGUUUUGGAAUUGUAUUCUCAUGAGACAACAGGAAAUUACAGAGCAACCCAUGAAGGCAGAACGAUCUGGCUUCAUUAUGAUGAAUGAGGCAGUUUCUUUUAUCAAAAGAAACAAAGACAGACCUUUCCUCCUGUUUUAUUCUCUUUUACAUGUCCAUGUACCUCUUCCCACAUCUAAUGAGUUUAUUGGAAUUAGCAAGCAUAGCUUUUAUGGAGACUAUGUAGAAGAGAUGGACUUUCUGGUGGGCAAAGUUCUUGAUACCAUUGAUGCAGAUGGCUUGACAAACAACACAAUUGUGUACUUCACCUCAGACCAUGGAGGGCAUCUGGAGGCCAUGAGAGGAAGGGUUCAUGUAGGGGGCUACAAUGGAAUAUAUAAAGGUGGGAAAGGAAUGGCAGGCUGGGAAGGGGGAAUCCGAGUUCCAGGGAUGAUUAGAUGGCCAGGAAUAUUGACAGCUGGAAAAGUUAUUGAGGAACCUACAAGUUUGAUGGAUAUUUACCCAACUCUAGCUGCAGUAGUAGGAGGAACUUUGCCUCAGGAUAGAGUGAUUGAUGGACGAGAUCUAAUGCCGUUAUUGAAGGGAGAAAUUCGACACUCAGAGCAUGAAUUCUUGUACCACUACUGUGGCCCAUUUUUACAUGCUGCACGGUGGCACCCAAAGAACAGUGAUGCUGUUUGGAAGGUCCAUUUUGUGACUCCAGAUUUCCAACCCAAAGGGGCAAUAGGUUGCUAUGAUAUCUUAUUUUGCCAAUGUUUAGGGGAAAAUGUUACACAUCACGAUCCACCUUUGUUGUUUGAACUCUCAAGGGAUCCUUCUGAAUCUAAGCCCCUUUCCCCAGACAAUGAACCCAUGUAUGAUACAGUGAUAAAAACAGUAAAAAGAGCAGUGAAGAAGUUUCAAAAGACACUGAAACCUGUCCCAGAGCAACUUACUUUGUAUAACAAGGAUCUAGUAUGGUUGAGGCCAUGCUGUGGUGUUUUCCCAUUCUGUCUGUGUGAUAAGCAAGUUGGAAAUUUUACUAUGUGAUUAUAUCUAAAAAUAUGAUAAUAUGCUUCCCAUUAAAAACUGCUUCUUCCCAAAUUUUAUUGACUGAAGAUUAGCCUUCCAGUAAAGUUAUGAUUUAGUCAAUAGCUUUAGUAUUCAGGAGCAGCACAAUACAAUGGACAGAGUGCCCAAUUUGGAUUUAGAGACUCAUUGGGUUCCUAUUUCAGGAACUACAUGUAUGAGCUUAGUCAUAUGUCUUAACCUUUCUAAGCCUCAAUUUCUAUAUCUACAAAAUGAACAAGUUAAACUACAUGUCCUUUAAGGACCCUUCUGUAUUGAAAUAAAUGAUCUCACGAUCAUGUGA